GCGAAUUUGUUGGCAAAGAACAUGCCUUUGACUAAAAUUCCCAAAAAAAGGGAGCCUUUGUGGAAAGAAUGGAACCAUAACGCUGAUAAACGAGGUGUUAGGAAUACGUUUUAUGCCGUGAACGGCGAUCAGUACACUGGCGAAUGGGAAAAUAACGAAAAAAACGGUAAAGGAACCCAGGUUUGGAAGAAGACCGGGGCAAUAUAUGACGGUGAUUGGAAAGACAAUCAAAGAUGCGGCUUUGGUACGCUGAGCUAUCCUAGUAAAGAUGUGUUUAGAAAAGUGUACUCAGGUGGAUGGAAAAAUGAUAAAAGACAUGGCUAUGGUACAAAUUUCUACACCAGUACAAAGUACUACGAGGGUGAAUGGUAUGCAGACAAGCGAAGUGGAUGGGGACGAAUGUACUACAGUGAUGGUUCAGUUUACGAGGGAGAAUGGUUUAAUGAUAUGAAAAAUGGACAAGGAAUGCUCAGGCUAGCAAAUGAAAACAGGUACGAAGGUUUGUGGAAAGAUGAUAAAAAGCAUGGAGAAGGGAAAUUUUUUUACCUGAACAAAGGACAGCUUUACACUGGGGUGUGGGUGGAUGAUAUUGCAAAGUGUGGUACGAUGGAAGAUUUUGGUAGAGAGGGGGCACCAGAACCCACAGUUUAUCCCAUACCAAAGUGUGAGCUUCUUGAUCAAAAUAUGGUUGUGAAAGAUGCAGAAGAUAAAUUUCUUGAGCAAUGUGAAAAUCAAUAACCCACUUCAAUUAAUGCAAAGAAGAAAUGCAUUACAAAUAUAUGAACAAUGAAAUACAAAUCUGCUUGCAAAAUUGACCUUUCAAAAUAUGUAUAUAUUCUAAACAUUGCACAGAGGUUAUUUUUUUCCAAAAUAUUACAAAUAUGCAUAUUAAAAACAAUGUACCACAAACGUAUGUUGAUGCAAGCAGGAAUGAGUGAUGUACAUUUUAUUUACAAAUGUAUUGUCAUUGUCAUAUCAUAUAACCUAAUCAAGGAUUAGCUGGUUAAUAAUGAGUAUGGUUAUAUAUAAAAUGUACUGUACAUA